CUUCACGACAAAAUGCUGCUCAAUUCGCUGACGCUGGCCGGCCUUGCAGUGCUGGCACUCCCCGCCAGAGCAGCUGAUCGCGCCAAUACUUUCCAAUACGUGGGGCUCUCGGGGGUCUCGGCUCAGCAGCUCUUCUUGGGCACGCUGAACAAGGUGUACAUCGUGGACAAGACCGAAAACAACAAUGCGACAGUCAACAGUCACCCGGCAUGGGCAACAGAGUAUGACCUGACCACCAAUGAUUUCAGAACAAUGGACGUCCUGAGUAAUUCGUUCUGUGCGGGCGGCUCUCAACUGGGGAACGGAACGUGGCUCAAUGUGGGCGGCAACCAAGCUGUGACCUAUAAUGGAACCAGUAUGGCGGACGAUCUACAAUCAGGUCAAUCACCGUACAAGGACUGGGACGGCGGCAAGGCGGUGAGAAUGUUGGAUGCCUGUGAUGACGAGAGCUGUGAUUGGGUCGAUGAUCCGGGGCUGUACAUGACUAGCCGGAGAUGGUACCCGACUCUGGAAACCUUGGAAGAUGGAACCAUCAUCAUCAUGGGCGGAUGUGAAUGGGGAGGAUAUGUCAACUAUGCCGACAAUCAGAACAAUCCCACGGUCGAAUACUUUCCCAAGAAAGGCACACCGUUCACACUCAACUUUCUUCUCAAUACCAUGCCUGUCAACCUCUUCCCUCUCGUCUGGCUGCUGCCAUCAGGCAACCUCUUUGUUCAGGCCGAAUACCAAGCCGAGAUCUUUGACUACAAGAACAACAUUGAAUACCCCAUCAGCAACAUUCCCGAUUGCGUGCGUGUAUACCCAGCUUCUGCUGGUACGGCCGUCUUCCCUAUGACGCCAGAGAACAACUGGACGUCUACCAUUAUAUUCUGCGGCGGCACCUAUCUCGAGUCUGAUCAGUGGACGACGGAUUGGAACAUUGCACAGUAUGCCAACAACAAGAGUUGUGUCCACAUCAGUCCCGAUGUCGACUUGACUUGGUAUCAGAACGAUCCUCUUGACACCGGAAGGUCUAUGGGCAACUUUAUCAACUUGCCUGAUGGUCGUCUCUUUUACGUCAAUGGUGCCGAGACUGGUACUGCAGGCUAUGGUACUCAGGACUGGUGCGUCGGUGAAUCCUAUGCCGACAACCCUCUGUACCAGUCCUGGUACUUUGACCCCAAGCAACCUUCUGGGUCGCGAUGGUCCAAAGCUGGAGUGUCGAGCAUCCCUCGAAUGUACCAUUCUACAGCAUCUCUCUUGCCCGACGGAACUGUCAUCAUCAGUGGAAGUAACCCCAACGCCGAUUACGUCAGCGCCGAGUACAAUGCAUCCUAUACCUACUUUACUCAGUACCAAGUGGAGAUCUUCUAUCCCGACUACGCCGACCGCAACAAGCCUGAUCCUUCAGGUAUGCCUAGCCAACUCACCUGUAAGCAUCACCUCUAUUACAAAUGCGUAAGCUGACAACUAUCAGAUGGCGGCGACUAUUUCAACGUGACCCUUUCCGCAACCGACCUCUUCAACAGCCCCAUCAACAUCAACAACACCCGCGCCGUCGUGAUGCGCACUGGCUUUUCCACCCACACAAUGAACAUGGGCAUGCGCCACGUGGAGCUAGAGACCAGUUUCACUUCGACUGAUGAUGGAGGCGGUAUCUUGCAUGUAGCGCAGAUGCCUCCGAACCCCGCUAUCCUUGCCCCCGGAAAUGCGCUAUUCUUCAUCGUCGUCGAUGGUGUGCCCUCCAAUGCUUCUUGGGUCAUGGUCGGCGACGGUAUCGUUGGCGAUCCUACCGUCAAAGAUCGAUCCGUGUUGCCUCGAUCACAGAUCAGUGCGCAGAUCAUGGCACAAUACGGCUAUGGCAAUAGCUAUUCCAAGGCUUUUACUUCUGGUGGCCUUGCAAGAUUGGGAGAGGGGAUGGGUGUUUUGGGCGCCGCUUUGUUGGCUUGUAUGUUGGUUCUGUAGACUUAAGACAUUUCUAUUGAUAGACGGACCAUUGGUUUCCUGAGGGCCAUAUUUGUAUCUUACGACCCCUUUAUGCAUUGACGAGACA